CUACAAAAAACGUAACGUAAAAUCCAAUCCUCAAUCAAAUGGACAAUGGAAAAUAUGGAGAAAGGCCAAUAAUUUUGGCUAUGAAAGGCCAUCCAGGGACAGGUAAGAGCACACUUGCACAAUCCAUAGCUAAAACCCUCAAAUGUCCUCUUAUAGACAAAGAUCACUUCAAAGAUUGCACUAAACCUCUUCAACAAAUCACUAAAGCCACAAAACUCAUCAAUGACCUAUCAUACGACGCCAUGUGGCGAGUCGCCUCCGCUCAGCUAGACUUAGGUCUGAGCGUGGUGAUAGACUCGCCACUCUCCCGUCGAGCUCACCUCGACCGGAUCAUUGAGAUUGCAGAUCGUAGUGGGGCUCGGGUUGUUGUAGUGGAGUGCAAGCCGAGUGAUGAAGCUGAGUGGCGUAGGCGGCUCGAGCGGAGGAGUGAGCUGGUGGAAUAUGGCUCAAGCUGGCAUAAACCGUCCACGUGGCAAGAGAUGGAGAAGUUGUUGAAAGGGUAUGAAGGGUGUUGGGAUUAUGAUGUUGGGGUGGAGGUUCCAAGACUUGUUGUGGAUACAACAUGUGCUAAUGGGGUUGAACAAGUGGUCUCAAAUGUGUUGGAGUUUGUUUCUAAUGCAUGUGGUGCAAAAAAGAAACAAUUGUACACUAAUUAAGAAAUUACGGAUCGUUUGAUAGAGUUUACAUUGGAACUACUUCCUAUCCAAUGUUUGGUUUGGUAUAUUAAGAACUGUUCUAUCUUUACUCAUG